GUUCCCAGCAGGCUUUGAGCGGGCUCUUUUGACGAGAGGAAGACAGCAGAUGGAGUUCCGCUGAAGAGGUGGAGCCUGUCUCAGGAAGCGACGUGUCCUUCCGCCACCUGAGACAGCGAGAGACGUUGAGGAGGGGUGCCCGCGGAGCCAUGGAGCUGGAGACGAUGAGCAGAUACACCAGCCCGGUGAACCCGGCUGUGUUCCCUCACCUCACCGUGGUGUUGCUGGCUAUCGGCAUGUUCUUCACCGCCUGGUUCUUCGUCUAUGAAGUGACCUCUACUAAGUAUACCCGAGACAUUUACAAGGAACUGUUGAUCUCCCUGGUGGCUUCACUCUUUAUGGGCUUUGGAGUACUCUUCCUAUUACUCUGGGUGGGAAUUUAUGUGUGACAGUAAACCAAAGGCACUUUCAGGUUCCCGGUAGAAAGAAGCCUUACCUUACUGAAGCUCUUUUUUUUCUAUUUUUGUACUUAAUAAUGAGGCUUAUUGCAGGUAUGGGCUAUGUAACCCUGUCACAUAAUUAUAGCCCAGAGUGUCACAACAUCAGGUCUGAAUAAAGCUGACUCUGUGAUGA